GACGGCCAACGGCCAAUGGGCGCGGCGCGGCGGCUGCGUGCGGUGCGGAGCGGCCAAUGGGCGGCAGCGGGGGGCGGAGCGGCGGCGGCGCGCGGCCAAUGGGCGCGGCGGGCGCUGGGCCGGGGCGCCAUGGAGCUGGGCGCGGGCGGCGGCGCGGGGCCCGGCCGGGCCGUGCUGCUGCUAGGCGCGGGGCCGGGCUGGGCGGGGGCGGCCGAGCCGGGCCCGGGCCCCGCGCCCGCCGCGCCCGACUACGAGGCGCUGCCGCAGGGCGCCACCGUGUCCGCGCACCUGCUGGCGGGCGCCGUGGCCGGCGUCAUGGAGCACUGCGUCAUGUACCCCGUGGACUGCGUCAAGACGCGCAUGCAGAGCCUGCAGCCGGAGCCGGCGGCGCGCUACCGCAACGUGCCCGAGGCGCUGUGGCGCAUCGUGCGCACCGAGGGGCUGUGGCGGCCCAUGCGCGGCAUGAACGUCAUGGCCACGGGCGCCGGCCCGGCGCACGCCCUCUACUUCGCCUGCUACGAGAAGCUCAAGAAGACGCUGACCGACGCCAUCCAGGCCGGCGGCAACAGCCACGUGGCCAAUGGUACUGUCCCGUCCCGCGCCCGGCCACCGCCGCCGCCCGCCUCGGAGCCGCUCCUGCCCGGCGCGGCGGGGUGCGUAGCAACGUUGCUGCACGACGCGGCCAUGAACCCUGCAGAAGUGGUCAAGCAGAGGAUGCAGAUGUACAACUCGCCCUUCCAGCGGGUGACGGACUGUGUACGGACUAUCUGGCGCAACGAGGGGGCCGGGGCCUUCUACCGCAGCUACACCACGCAGCUCACCAUGAACAUCCCCUUCCAAGCCAUCCACUUCAUGACUUACGAGAUCCUGCAGGAGCAGCUAAACCCGCGCCGACAGUACAACCCCGGCUCCCAUGUGAUCUCGGGCGCCUGCGCGGGGGCUGUGGCUGCCACCGCCACCACACCCUUGGACGUUUGCAAAACGCUGCUCAACACCCAGGAGCCCUUGGCCUUGAACUCCAACAUCAAAAGACACAUCACAGGCAUGGCCAAUGCCUUCAGGACGGUGUACCAAGUGGGUGGCGUGACCGCCUACUUCCGAGGGGUACAGGCCAGGGUCAUUUACCAGAUGCCCUCCACAGCCAUCGCCUGGUCCGUGUAUGAGUUCUUCAAGUACAUCCUCACCAAGCGCCAGGAGGAGCGCCGGGCUAGGAAGUGAGCUGCAGCUGCACCCUGCUUCCAGCCUGCUCAGUCUCCCCUCCCCAUCUCCGCCCUGCCCAGGCUCUCCCUUUGGUUAGGCACGUACUGGAGACGGGGAGGCAGCGAUGCCGGUUCUUGCCUGUGUCUGCGACUCCACCUAGCCUGCCCCCUCCCCACAGCUCUGGAGUGCUGUGAUGUUGGGAGCCGCUGCCGAGGUCACGUCCCAGAGGAGCCAUGCUCCACCUCUGCCCCUGCCAGAAGCCUCUUUCACGUACAUGCAAGAUGGUGACCAAUGCUGUGAGCCAGCCCUGGUGGGUCCGCACUCAGCUCGGGGCACUGAGGAAGGGGCAGCGGUGUGUCUUAGAGUGCCAGGGGCUGCCGUCUGGCUCUGGGCUGGAGGGGAGCAUAAGCUUAGCCGCUGUCUGCUCGCACGCACAAAGGAUGCCUGCCCAUCUGCCUGCCUGCCGGGGAGGGGCAGCCUCUGGGAGGGGAGUUUGUCGGCUUGUGGAAGUUCCUGCUUCUGGCACCUCCAAUAAAGAAUUCUGCUCUA